GACAUGCAAAUAUUUACAGAUUAUGAGAAGAGACAAACUAUUUCAGAAGCAUGUAUAGAAUACCUUGAAUUAGCUAAUAAUUAUUAUGAAUUGAAUAAUUUAUCCGAUAUAGCAUCUAGUGAUAUAAUAAAUAGUAAAGAUAUUUUUUCUAACCCAGCAGACAGUUAUCAAGAACAUUCAA